UAUAUAUAUAAAUAGAUAGACAUAUUCAGCUAGCAUAGCAUAUAGUCAUCUUCAUAUCAUUCCCUUUACAAACUCAUCAACUCUCUCAUAUUUUUCCCUUUUAGAACUUUCAAAACAAAAGAGCAAUAAUAAUGGUUGGAAACUCGCCCUGCGCUUCGUGCAAGUUGCUGAGACGUCGUUGCGCCAAAGACUGUGUCUUCGCCCCAUACUUUGCCUCCGACGAUCCCCACAAGUUCGCCAUUGUUCACAAGGUCUUUGGUGCCAGCAAUGUCAGCAAAAUGUUACAGGAGCUUCCUAUUGAGCAAAGAGCGGAUGCAGUGAGCAGUUUAGUGUACGAAGCCAAUGCGAGAAUGAGAGACCCUGUUUAUGGGUGUGUGGGGGCCAUUUCUUACCUACAAAACCAAGUUUCGGAGCUGCAAAUGCAACUGGCCGUGGCUCAGGCGGAGAUUCUGUGCAUCCAGAUGCAGCAAGAUCCAGCAACCAUGGUGGGUGGUGGUGUUAGUGGUGGAGGCUCGACCCCACCAGUAGAGAUGGACCCAGUUGAUCAAAUUAAUUACUUUGGCCACUACGAUAAAUCCUGUUUUUUGGGUCAAAAUAACAACGGUCUCAUGACGAUGAGCCCACCACAUCAUCAUCAAUAUCACAAUUUCUCCUCUUCCACCACUAGUAUUGUAAUUCAUGACUCUCUUAAGAGAGAGACUCUUUUUGGAAAUGACAUGGUUUCUUAGAACAAAUAAUUAUUAUUAAUAAAAAGAAACAUAUUCUCUUCU